UCAGAACGGGGAGGAUUGACGUCACAGACGGCCGCUGAUUGGUCCUCAGCCGCAUCCGGUGGGGCAGCGGUCCAGGGCUCGGGAAGAACGAUCGAAGCGAGGAGGAUCCCGUAACGGUUCGCUUUGACAAAUACCACCCGUCCCGAGUCGCUAUCGAAGGGCUCGGCAGGAAUUUACACUUUCUUUAAAAAGGUUAAAGGUCACAGAGCAGGCUUGUGGUCGUCGUCAUGGCAUCUGGAAGUACGAGCAGCGAGGAGGAGCGGAGCCUGAGGGAGUGCGAGCAGUACGUGCAGAAACACAACAUCCAACAGCUGCUGAAGGACUGCAUCGUCCAGCUGUGCACCUCCAGGCCGGACCGGCCCAUGGCCUUCCUCCGGGAGUACUUCGAGAGGCUGGAGAAGGAGGAGGCCAAGCAGAUCCAGAACCAGCAGAAGGCCGGCAGCUCCCGCUCAGACUCGCGUGACGAGGAGGUGUCUCCGCCCAUGAACCCGGUGGUGAAGGGUCGCCGGCGGAGAGGAGCCUUCAGCGCGGAGGUCUACACAGAGGAGGAUGCCGCCUCGUACGUCCGAAAGGUCAUUCCAAAAGACUACAAGACGAUGGCGGCCUUGGCCAAGGCCAUUGAGAAGAACGUGCUCUUCUCGCACCUCGACGACAAUGAGAGGAGUGACAUAUUCGAUGCGAUGUUCCCCGUCACCUACAUCGCCGGGGAGACGGUGAUUUUGCAGGGUGACGAAGGAGACAACUUCUAUGUCAUCGACCAGGGGGAGAUGGACGUGUAUGUGAACAACGACUGGGUGACCAGCAUCGGGGAGGGGGGCAGCUUCGGAGAGCUGGCCCUGAUAUACGGCACCCCGAGGGCGGCCACAGUUCGGGCCAAGACCAACGUGAAGCUGUGGGGCAUCGACAGAGACAGCUACAGGAGAAUACUCAUGGGAAGCACUUUGAGAAAGAGGAAGAUGUACGAGGAAUUCCUCCGGAAAGUUUCCAUCUUAGAGUCUCUCGACAAAUGGGAGCGUCUGACAGUCGCUGACGCCUUGGAGCCCGUCCAGUUUGAGGACGGACAGAAGAUUGUUGUCCAGGGAGAACCAGGAGACGAAUUCUUCAUCAUCUUGGAGGGUUCUGCAGCGGUGUUGCAGCGUCGCUCAGAGAACGAGGAGUUUGUCGAGGUGGGGAGAUUAGGACCCUCUGACUACUUUGGUGAGAUCGCCCUGCUGAUGAACCGCCCCCGCGCCGCCACCGUGGUCGCCCGCGGCCCCCUGAAGUGCGUCAAGCUGGACCGGCCUCGCUUCGAGCGCGUCCUGGGACCCUGUUCAGACAUUCUCAAGCGCAACAUCCAACAGUACAACAGCUUCGUCUCGCUGUCCGUCUGAAGGGUCCCCCCCCCCCCCUCUCUGUUACUCUCUCUCCCCCCUGAACCCCCCCGUCCCUCCUCUUAGACCUGGGGUCCACCAAUGCAAUUUGCUUUCUUUCAUCACUUUCGUUCCGUUGCGCCCCCCCCCCUCCCCACCUCCCUCUUCUUGUUGUGUUGUUUUAACACGCACAGAUGAUUUAGUUGUCACGGCGACGCCGCUCACCAGCGCUCGUACCAGCUGCUGUCCGCUUCCUCGUCGGCACGGUUCCAUCACGCGUUACCUGCGUUCCAUUUGUGUUUGCUAGUCACGCUUUCUUUUUAGACUUAAAAGGCCGAGCGGGAUUGUUGGGAGAUCUGAAAAGACAUUUAAGUUCUCCGACUGACGAGACGGGACAAUCAAACUUCACGUGGCGCUUUUUGGUGAAUUUGUUGCAGAGGUCCGUGUUGAGGGUUGAAGGAAGCGGAGAGAAUGUGAUCGCAGCCAUUUUUUAGCAGAGGUUUUUUUUAAGGUUUUAGCCCCACGGCGGUUGUGCUCCUCUGGUGGUUUUCUUUGAUUGGCACGACGAGACGCUGACGAGUCUGUUCCGCCGAGCUGGAGGGAGCUCGUACAACUUUUAGGUCUCUAUUUUAUUGUGCAGCUACCAGGCUCGUGCCAAACGUUCACUAUUGUCACAGCGCAAAGAUGCACAGUCCCGCGAAUGCGAUUCGGAGCUCCAAACAGGAAGUAGUUAUUCCCCUUAGUGUCCUCUUAGUCUGUAGAACGGCCAGACAGGAACUGCCUUGACUACUCUGAGGGGAAGAAAUAAGGGAAAACGAAAGAAGGAAAAAAAACAAACAAGAGUAUUAAGUGUGUUCCAGUAUUCCAUUUUUAUUUUUAGUACACACCAAAUAAUGUGGUCACUCUUCUGCUAUGUUUUAGUCUAGUAAAACAAUCCUAGCUAUAUUAUUAUCAACGACUAAAUGAUGAGCUUAUGGUUUGGAGUGAUGGUGAGCUUACAAAAAUAUGUUUAACUGUCUUUUGUAAACACUUAUUUUUCCAUAAAUUCUAUUUUAGGUGUCCAGUGCCACAAAGUAAAUAAAUGCUCCUUCUUGUCAACCGACAAAAACCGUAUGUAAUCGUAUGUGUAAAACGUUAUGGGUUAAAACUUUUUAAAAAUAGAUGAAAUGGGUAAUUCCAGGUUUAUUGAAGUGAAGUCUUGAGAAGAAAAAAAAAAAUGAAAAAACAAGAAGGUUUAUGAAUUUCAGGACACCUGAAGUAUUUCUGUAUUAAGCAUCACAGGGAGCCGGUGGGCAGAGUGAGCAGAUAUUUAUUUAAAUCUAGUGUCAUUGCUUAUUGCCUGUUGAAAAGGUGGCUGUCUUUUCAUCAGAGUAGCUUGUGAUCUGUUCUCUACGCUUACUCGGCGCGAUGUUUUAGGCCUCCAGUGAUCCGGUGUGAAUGGAAGCGUGUAUUUAGAAAGAAAAAAACGUGCAGAAGCAGGAACUUUGUCAAAUAUUUGGUUUGUUUCUCCUUCGCUUAACUGCUUCAUGACUCUGUAGAUGGAAUACAAUGUUUAAAUCUCUUCUUUUUGUGUGUGUGUUUUUUUUUUUGUUCUUUUUGUUUUAAAGAUCUUUACCAAAACACACAAUGUUGACUUCUGGAUUAUAGGCUUAACUCUUCAUUCCUGCCUCACUCGUCUGUUACCCAGAAAUGACAUCGGCAUCGAGAUGUUUGUGUGUUUGUACGUCCAAUAAGCUUGAAAGGCAGCCAGGUUGGCGAGAACACGCGAGUACUUUGUUGGUUUCUUUAUGUUCAUCUGAUCCGUGUCCCGACCCGCAGGAAAUGACUCCGUUGGGGGUUUUGACCCACAUUCUAUUGAAUUCUUUUGUGUGUGUGUGUGUGUGUGUAAAUAGCGGCAUCAUCGGGUUUCCUUUCAGAUGUUUAGGCACACUGCAGUUGUCCCGGUUUGCCUUAGCUUACCUAACCUGGGCUCACGGUAGUCGUCCGUCACUCCCGCUAGCCGACCUUCAGUGAGCUCGUCGGGUCUGCAGCGCCGAGAGCUGCAGGCCAUCAGAGGACCAUUCUUUUUCUAUUCUACCCUGUGUUCAGUUCCACCUCCUGUAUGUGCAAAGAUGUUUAUCCUUUUGGUAUAGAUUGUUCCGGAUGGCAGUUUAAGCAAUAAAAAAGUAAAAAUGAA